UUCGAUACCGCUUAUUUGUUCGAUAAAUGGUAUUUGAUAUACAAAUUGUAUCAUUAAAAUGAAAUUCCGUGUAAGAUUUCAAGGGAUCACAAGGAUAUAUGAAGUUGACGAUGGCGUUAAAGACUUUGUUACUGUUGGGGAUGCUGCUGCUACCAUAAGUGCACUUUUCUCAGACAAUUUAUUCAGUGAGUUCGAACUGAGUUUAAAUAAGAAAGACCCACUGGAAAGGACAUCUACUUUAAUUGGUGACUGUGGGUUGGUUGGUGGAGAUCUUAUACAUGUCCUUACAGAUGACCAAAAUUCCCCAUCAUCAGACUCAAAGACAAAGGAAACAGCAAACUCAAAAGAAAAUAUUCAGGACACAGGGCAAGGAAGUUCUAGUUCAUGUGAUGAUGGUUCUAGAAGUAGCCAGUCUGAGUCACCUUCUAUGUUUCCUCACUCAACAAGUGGUUCUAGCAGUUCAAAGGAUGAACUGACUAGUGGUUACAAAGAUAUUGCUAUGACAACAUCAGAUGUUGACAUGGAUACAGAAGAGUCUGCUGUGGACCUGGCAGUGGUGCAGCAGUGUCUCAGUGAACCAGUGUUGUGUCGGGAGGCAGGGGAUGGGCAAGUACCAGCCCUUCUGAUAGAAGUGUUCCAGAGUCUACAACCACAGGGGUCUGCUGAGAUGUUGGCUGUUGUACUACAUGUGCUUAUGUUAGAGACAGGCUUCACUCUGGUCCAAGAGAAUGCUUGUAGUAGUAAAGAUUCGAUGGUACCGGACAGCUGGCGUCAGUCAGGGUACAUGAAGAUUACCUACACAUUCCCAGGAUGUGGUUCCCAAACUUCCUGUCUUACUGUCAUACCUACUGGGGCAUCACUCACUGUACAUGGCAAGGUAAUAGGCAGUAAUGAGGUGACCAGACAAUGUUCACUGAGGACGGAGGCUUAUGUGGUUCCUGGCCAGACUGAGACCAGCAGGUGUUACUGUGAUCUUGCAAAGUUAUCUUUGGUGUUCAAAGAUGCCAUCUCCAACCCACUUGUUCAGGACAUAAGGACAGCUGCUGGUUUGGUGGACAUGUUUGGUUUGCUAGCACUCACACAGGAAAUCAAGUUAAAGAUCCUGAGUCACCUUGAUGUGAGAAGUAUCCUUCAGACCUCCUGUGUGAAUCAGGAACUACGUGGGUUGAGCAAGGAUCCAUUCAUCUGGAGACGGUGCUAUUUCAGGGACUUUGGAAACAGAAAUGAUAACAGCCUAUCCCAAGAUUGGAAAAAUCUGUACAAGCAAGCACUAAAGGCCCGAAAGGAGCGCCGUAAGAUGAUGAAUAAGAUGACAAUGAUAGUGCCCCCUUUCUGUGGCCCCCAGAACCCCUUCAGUGGCCCCAGCAACUGGAUGCCCCCUGUCCCUGGGGGAAUCAUUGGAGGAGACUAUGACCUCUACCCGAACUUUCCCAGUAGCCUACCAGGUAUUCCAGGCAGGCUAGGACCACUUCCCCCAGUGUUGCCCCGCCCCCGCUACGACUUGAUGGGCCCGGGGGUUGAUCCCGGACCCCACCCUGGGCUCCUCCCGUCCCGCCCAAGCCCUCGAGGGAGGGGAAGGGGUGGAGGAAUGUUCGGGGGACUGGGACCUAGGUUCUUCUAGCCCACAGAUUAAUGUGAUUAAUACGCAUGUACAGCAGUGAAAUUUUGACUUUAUGCCCAAUCUGCUUGUGUUUAAAACACAAUGUUAACACUUGUUUCUAAGAUAUAUUGUAAAACUGUAAAUGUUGAUGAAUUUGUUAUAAAAUAAAUUGUCUGUUACCAUC